UGAAUACGUAUGAGCCCCCCUCACCGAGGUGUGACGAGCAGGAUUGACGACGAUGCCAUUUUCCCAAGAGUGGUGUUCAGCUGCCUUUGCUGACUUCAGCGCAACGCAACUUUACGCCUGCGCGGUAUUGAAGCACUCAUUCAGCCUCGGGGAGCCUCGUGACCUCAGGGGCGGAAAUUCCAUGGCGAAAUCAUGGGCGGGCAUGAUGGGCCGCACAUGCUUGCCCUGCCUGUAUUUGGAAUCUCGACUGGCCAAGGUGCGGUUCAUCGCGGCUGCUCAGUCAGAUGUUCCUUGUGCAGCCAGCUGCCCGUCAUCUGGGCAGCCAGCCUAUCUGUAAGAACUGCUCAAGCGAGGAUUCUCGGACGAGCUGGGUUCGCACACUCGACCAAUUGUGAUAAUCCUCGCUGCAACCCAGAACCAAUCCUGCGUAAGGGCGAGCACCGCACAAGGGCACAGGACUCGCUAGCGCUACUUCUUGGCUCUCGGCUACACCUUUACGCUCCUCCAGGACGGCCAUCUCCGCCCGGCUCGCUUCACUUCUUCGGGGACCGUGCGCGGGACCUGGACGGGGAAAAUAGCAUCCUUCUUCACUCCACACGGUCCAAUACGGAUGCACGCUUACACCUGAGUUCUGGGCUCGCUUCUACCUAUACAUCGCCCUCACCGUGCUACUGAUACAGUCGCUGGCCAUACCUUCUCGCCACUGUGUGGACCCAGUAUGAGAGACAAUGCUUGAGGUCUCACUUGCUUUGUUCCGUGGGAAAGGACGAGUUGCUCAGUACAGCUUGCACUGGGAACUUGCUGCCAAACCAUUCCCAUCGCCAAGCAUCUU